AUGGGUUCCAGCAUAACCAACCCUUCCGGACUGGCCCUGGAAAGGGGCAUGUGGGCUGCAGUCGCAAUAGCCACCUUUAUUCUCAUUCUUCGAAUCAUUGCGAAGAUCAAAAUUCGCAACUUUCGCAUUGACGAUGUGUUGAUGAUCAUAGCCUGGGCACUGACACUCGCAUCCACGGUCAUCUUGACACUUUCUGUACAAAAUGGCUUCGGCACGAACCUCACCAAACUCCCGGCCCAUAACACCUCGCAAGUGCUGAAAUACAUCGCCUUCGAAGUACUUCUUGUGACCCUUAGCACCGGCAUAGCCCGCUCCUCAUUCGUCCUCUACCUGUUGGCUAUUCUUGGUGGAAAGAAGAAAUAUUGUGUCGCAUUAUGGAUUGCCAUGGUGCUGCAGCUCUGCGCCAACAUCGUCUCUGCAGUGCUGCCACUCUCCAUCUGCCGCGACGCCCGAAUUCUGUGGGAUCCGACCGUCAAGACAACAUGUGGCAAUAGCGUCGCGGUGGUUAACUUCUCCUACUUCUCCUCAUCCGUCAAUUCUGCUACCGACUUGUUCCUGGCAGUGUUCCCAACAAUCAUUUUCUGGAACCUGAACCUGAAGAUGCGGAUCAAAAUCAGUUUGAUUAUCCUGCUCAGUCUCGGUAUAGUUGCCAUGGUUGCCUCGAUCAUCAAGACUACCAAACUCGACGAGGUCCCCAGCAUCACCAACCUCGGUGCUGGCGGUGCGGUGGAGCUGAUUCGCUGGGGAUUUUCGGAGAACCUGAUUAUUAUUAUCACCUCCUCCGUGCCCUGCAUCCGACCUCUGCUUAUCUCUUCUGUGAGAAAACUCUCCAGUGCGGCGCGUUCUCGCUCGUACGAACUCAGUGGUCCGUUCUCGGCCCAGAAGGGAACCGCGAAGAACGGCACCUCCCAGUCUCAUGCGCAGGAGCAGCCUAGUACAGACAAUCGCGAUGACUGCGACAGUAUCGAGCAAAUCCUCAAGGAUAGCUACCACUCGGGGUCGAUGGUGGAGUCCGGGCGCGGCAUUAAGAAGCAGGUUGAGAUCUCGGUGGUGUCGAACCAAAAGAGCAGCCGCUGGGGUGGUGACCGGGCGAGCCGCUCAUAG